AUGGAGAGGCUCAAUGGAAGCCUGAAGAAAAGAGCGUGUGACCCAGAAGGGCGGAGGAGCCUCUCCCCCAGGACUUGCAGUGGAGAGCGCAAAGUCUCUCUCUUUACCCUGGGUUUGUGGUACAAGGGUUGGGCGCUCGUCCCUGGGGAGUGGAGCAGUGGGCAGGAGUAUGUCUGUCCCUUGUCUGUCCAGGAGAAUCCGAAGAAUGCAGCCCUGGAGCGCAUGGAGUUACUGGAAGAAGCCAGGAAGAUGGAAAUGGCAAAGUUUCGCUACAUCCUUCCUGUUUACGGCAUCUGUAAAGAGCCGGUUGGCUUGGUCAUGGAAUACAUGGAAACGGGGUCUUUGGAAAAGCUCCUGGCUUCCGAACCUCUGCCCUGGGAAUUGCGCUUCCGCAUCAUCCACGAGACAGCUGUGGGGAUGAACUUCCUGCACUGCAUGUCCCCUCCGCUGCUCCACUUGGACCUCAAGCCUGCAAACAUCCUGCUUGACGCCCACUACCAUGUCAAGAUUUCUGACUUUGGACUUGCAAAGUGCAACGGCUUGUCCCAUUCCCAUGACAUCAGCAUGGACGGCUUGUGUGGCACAAUUGCGUACCUUCCUCCAGAGCGCAUCAAAGAGAAAAACAGGUGUUUUGACACCAAACAUGAUGUGUACAGCUUUUCCAUUGUGAUUUGGGGAGUUCUUACACAGAAGAAGCCUUUUGCAGAGGAAAACAACAUUUUACAUAUUAUGGUAAAAGUAGUUAAAGGCCACCGCCCAGAGCUGCCUGCUGUUUCCAAAUCCAGACCUCAUUCAUGUAAUAACUUGAUCAAACUGAUGCAAAAAUGUUGGCAAGAUGAUCCUGGUGAACGGCCAACAUUUCAAGAAAUCACUUCAGAAACAGAGGCCCUUUGUGAAAAACCAGAAGAUGAAACAAAAGAGAUUAUAACUCAGGACCUGGACACCAAGAAUUCCCCAGAGCAGCAGCCUGAGGGGAUGUCUGCAUUAUCCCAGCCGAAACAGGAGCCUGCUCUACCAUCAGUUAAGGAUUACAGUCUCUCAGAGUUGUUGUCCCAGCUGGACUCGGGGAUUUCACAGACUAUGGAAGGCCCUGAGGAUCUCAGCCGCAGCUCUUCUGAGUCCAAACUUGCCUCCAGUGACAAGCGGCUUUCAGGAGUUUCAUCUGUAGAUUCAGCUUUUUCAUCCAGAGGCUCCCUUUCCCUUUCCUUUGAAAGGGACAGUUCAGAUAUUGGUACUACCGACAUACAGAAGAGGAAGCUAACGGAGGCCAUUUUAUCUGGAGAUACUGGCAAGCUGAUGAAGAUCCUCCAGCCUCAAGAUGUUGAUAUUGUUUUAGAUGGGAACUCCAGUCUUUUGCACUUGGCUGUUGAAGCUGGUCAAGAAGAAUGUGUCAAAUGGCUCCUCCUGUACAAUGCUAACCCUAACCUUACCAACAAGAAAGGAUCCACCCCUCUUCACAUAGCUAUUGAGAAGAAAGUUAAAAGUAUUGUGGAGCUGAUUAUGGCUAGGAAAAUCAAUGUUAAUGCCAAAGAUGAGGAUCAGUGGACUGCUCUUCACUUUGCUGCCCAAAAUGGGGAUGAUUUCAGCACCAAAAUGCUGCUUGAUAAGAAUGCAUCCUUAAAUGAGGUAGAUUUUGAAGGCAGAGCCCCCAUCCACAUAGCCUGUCAGUACGGCCAAGAGAAUAUUGUGCGAAUCCUGCUGAGAAGAGGUGUUAAUGUGAACAUCAAAGGAAAGGAUGACUGGGUGCCACUGCACUAUGCUGCCUGGCAAGGUCAUCUCCCCAUUGUAAAGCUUCUGGCCAAACAGCAGGGUGCAAACGUGAAUGUGCAGACCAUGGAUGGAAGGACCUCGCUACACUUGGCUGCUCAACGAGGACACUACCGUGUCGCUCGCCUUCUCAUAGACCUGGAGUCGGAUGUCAACAUACAGAAUGUGCUCUUGCAGACUGCUCUCCACAUAGCUGCUGAAACCGGCCACACAAGCACGUCGAGGCUGCUCCUUAAACAUGGUGCAGACAUUGAGGCAGCAACAGCAGAAGGAUACACAGCUCUGCACUUGGCAUCUCGCAGCGGCCAUUUAGCAACAACAAAGUUGCUGAUAGAUGAAAGGGCAAGUGUUCUAGCCAGAGGCCCUUUAAAUAGGACAGCGUUACAUCUUGCUGCAGAAAAUGGGCACUCUGAAGUAGUAGAAGAACUUGUCAGUUCAGAAAAUAUCAAUGUUUCUGACAGUGAAGGGUUGACAGCUCUUCAUCUGGCUGCACGAGGAGGGCACACAAAAACAGUUGAGGUUCUUCUGAAGCACGGGGCACACGUUGACAUGCAAAGACCCACGUGUCAGACCCUGCUACAGCUUGCUCAGCAGAGCAGUAAUAGCUCAGUUACUGUGUUGUUAAGUGAGACUUAA